GAGAGAGAGCGAGAGAGAGAGAGAGAGAGAGAGAGGUUCCUCUUCAACGCUCAUUUGUGUCAAAGAACAAAAGCUCCGCGGCGGAGAGAUGUCACACAGCGGCGAGGAUGCGGUGCAGACGGAGUAAACAGUGAGCGGAGAGAACUACUUUUUCGGGCUGGUUGGAGUCGGGACGGCUGCAACUUGAGCUUAUUCCCAACGCGGAGAGUUACGGGACAGAGGAGGGGAAAGGCGGUGAUCCAGCAGCAGCAGCAGCAGCAGCAGCGAGGUCCGGACCGCUCCGCUCCGCGCAAAGCGACCCGGUGGGCGGAGAGCCUGGAGAACGGACCGGGAGCGGACAGAGAGAGAAGAACAGCUCCAAAAGUUUGUGUAUCUUCAUCUAGUUUUCCCAGUUUGGGAGCCGGAGGAGGAGGAAGAGGAGGAAGAAGAAGGAGGAGGAGGAGGAGGAGGCCCGAGACACUGACUUUACCUUCCACGAGCAACUUUGUGGAGUUCACCCUGUUGUGUUGAACGCUGAAGCCGAGAAAAAUGAAAACACCUGGAGACAAUGGGAUCGCCUUCCCAGAAUGGGCUUACAAGCCUGAGUCCAGCCCGGGGUCCAGGCAGAUCCAGCUGUGGCACUUCAUCCUGGAGCUGCUCAGGAAAGAAGAGUACCAUGAUGUCAUCGCCUGGCAGGGGGACUAUGGCGAGUUCGUCAUCAAAGACCCAGACGAGGUGGCCCGGCUGUGGGGGGCCAGGAAGUGUAAACCCCAAAUGAACUACGACAAGCUGAGCAGGGCUCUCAGAUACUACUACAACAAGAGGAUCCUCCAUAAGACCAAAGGCAAGAGGUUCACCUAUAAGUUCAACUUCAACAAACUGGUUUUGGUCAACUACCCCUUUAUCGACAUGGGCUCCACCGGAAGCAAUGUUCCUCAGAGCGCCCCUCCUGUCCCCACCGGCGCAGGGACCCACUUCCGCUUUCCUCCCUCAACGCCCUCCGAAGUCCUCUCCCCGAACGAGGACCUGCAGCCCGGCGGCAUGUUCAGCUCUGUGGCCCGACGGAUGGCGCGAGGCUCCGUCAGCGACUGCAGCGACGGCACCUCGGUCAACUCUGAGAUCGAGGACGGCAACCCUGGGGUGGCAGAGGAGCGGGGAGAGAGGGGUGUAAGCGGUGGAGGAGGACCCGGUGGUGGAGGAGUUGGUUACCGGAGUAUGAUCCAUCCCCGUCUGUCUCAUGAAGCCCUGUUCCGCAUGUACGGAGGACCGGGUAACCCUGCUGGGCACCCGGUCUCCCGCCACACAGGGCACCGGAUCCACCCGGAUUCCCUCUCGCCCUUCCCCGUGUCCCCUCUGCCGGGGCCCGGGGGCGGCCUCCUAGCCCCGCCUCUGUCCCCGGCGCUCUCCAUGACCCCGACAUCUCACCUCCCCUACACCCCCUCACCCACCCUGUCCCCCAUGCUAGGCUCCCACUUCUCCUUCAACCCAGAGGACAUGAAGCGCUACUUGCAGGCCCACACCCAGUCGGUGUACAACUACGGCCUCAGCCCCAGAGCUUUCCUCCACUACCCCAACAUCGUCAUCCCUCAGCCCCACCGGCCCUCCGCCGACAAGGAGCGAGAGAGAGGAGCGGCCGAGAGAGCAGAGAGGGCCGCGACAGCAGGGGGAGGAGAGAGGGGAGGAGAACGGCAUCACCAUCCAUCUCUGGCUCACUCCGCCCACCACCACCCGCACCCACCUCACACUGCCCACCCUCACAUCCACUCUCAUCCCAUGCAUCACCCGCUCCACCUGGGUGAGGAGCCGCCACACAUGUCUCCCUUCAAGUUCAAGCUGCAGCCGCCACCACUCGGGAGGAAGCACAGGGAUGGUCAAAGCCAGAGUAAACCCAGGCAGAGCUCACUGUCCUCAGGAUCCGGAUCCAUGUCGUCUUCUGGCCUGGGCUCCUCGCUGUCGUACAGCAGUGACCUGAGCUCUGCCAGCGGCUCAGGCCUCAUCUCUGCCUCUUCCUCAACGCAGUCCCUAAACAGUGCAGGACUUCCCAAGAUAAAGGUGGAGCCCAUCUCUGAUAUUGAGUCAGAGGAGGAGGUGGAGGUGACCGACAUUAGUGAUGAAGACCCAGAUGAGAGAGAUGAGGAGUUCCAACUCUUCUCCCCUCGCCACUCCAGAGCCCCUGACCACCAUCACCACCACCAACACCAUCACCAACACCAACACCAUGCAAACGGCACAGCCGCGCCCCGACAUCAUCCCCAUCCUGAUGAGGACCUGGACGAGGAUGUCUUCAAGGCCCCUGCUCCGCCUCCGCCUGGCCUGAUGCCCUUCUUCACCUCGCAUCACACUCACUCGAAUGUGCAUCGCGUGCUGCCCACCCUCAAGAGUGAACCCACCGAACCAGGGGAGAGUAACACCCCCCCGCCUCAGACGGGCUCUAUGGGCUCUCCCAAGACCAAGUGCAUCCCCCUCAAGCUGCGCUUCAAGAGGCGCUGGAGUGAAGACCAGCGCAUGGAGGCCUCACAGG